AUGCCUAGAACGUGUAAAAAUGGGCAAGAUUGUAGAAAAUAUAAAUCAUAUGAAAAUGUUGAAGAUAAAAACAUUUCAAUUUUUCAGCCAAUACUAUUAGUUGGUAUGCUAUUUAUGCUUUAUAUUUUUUACUUUCGUAUUUUUAAAAGAAGAUAUGAUGUAAAUAAUGAAAAUUAUAGAAGCAAAUUAAAUAAUAAAAAUACAAGCAGUAAACCCAUUAUAUCCUUGUGCUUAAAUGACAUAGUUUUAAAGAUUAUUGGUAACAAUGUACACAUAAUUGAAAGUUCCAUAGAACCAUUUAAUAAAUUAUGUUCAAUUUCAGAGCUCUUUGUAAUUGCACAAAUUUCAAAUGAUGUCCAAGAAAAAAACACAGUUGAUCUUCUUAAAAAAUUGGGUUUGUUUGAUAAAGGUUUAAAAGAACAUCGUCUUAUGUUUUGUACUACUUCAAAUGGAAGAGCAUCAAUGAUACGUCAAUUAUGUCCGCUUACUCAUGUCGACAGUGAUGAAACUGUAAUAAAAACCUUAACAGGAAAAAUUCCAAAUCUUGUUCAAAUAUAUGGAAAUUUAAAUACUAGUGAUCAUUCUAAUUUUUUUACGUCUUUACAAGCUUUUACUCAAGUCAUAUGUGCAGUUGCAACUGUUGAAGGUAUAAACUAA